UUCCUCUUCUUCUAUAGCUUCACUUUUCCUCCAUUUUUUCACCUAAAUAUAUAUAUAUAUACACACCCACCACUUCAUAUAUCUUAACAAUCACUCUUUCUUCUACUUCUCUCUAACUAUUUAUUUUUCUCAAUUUACAAAACAAAAUAUGUAAGAAGAACUUUCAUUGCUCUGUUUUUGUUGAGCUUCUCACUUUCAUUACUCUGUUCUUCAAUUUGUGUUGUCGAGUUUUCAUGAUUCAAUUUUUGUAACAUAUAUAAAAUUAAAGUUUAAAAAGUGAGAAUUUUGAAUUUGUUAAAAAAAAUGAUGUUGGAUCUCAAUCUAAGUGCAAUUUAUGAUGGGAAACAUUCGUUAGCCGAUGAAUCGGGAAGUUCCAAUUCAUCGGCUAGGAAUGUAGAAGCUAGUAGUAGUGCCGGAGAUGACGAGACGUGCUCCACACGCGCCGCCGCUGCCGGCGAUAUGUUCGCUUUCAAUUUCGACAUACUUAAAGUUGGUGGUGGUGGUGGUGGUGGAGGUGAAACGAGACGGAGCUGUAGUAACAAUGAUGAUGAAGAAGGAUACGAUGAGAAUCGGUCCGAUUUUGUAACUCAGCAGUUGUUUCCGAUGGAUAACAAUGCUGAGUUGAAUCGGACCCACACCUCUCGGAGACCUGAUUGGGUGGAUCCGUCAGUGGAUCCACCCAAUACUGUCAGUUUCCGAGAGGUGCAGCAAAUGGGACGCUUACAGCAGCAGCAGCAGCAACAACAGCCAGUUAAAAAGAGCAGGAGGGGACCUAGGUCCAGAAGUUCACAGUACAGAGGUGUUACUUUUUAUAGAAGAACUGGUAGAUGGGAAUCACAUAUAUGGGACUGUGGAAAACAAGUAUAUUUGGGUGGAUUUGACACUGCUCAUGCAGCUGCUAGAGCGUAUGAUAGAGCUGCGAUUAAGUUUCGAGGUGUUGAUGCUGAUAUAAACUUUAACCUUAGUGAUUAUGAGGAAGAUAUGAAGCAGAUGAAGAACUUGAGUAAGGAAGAAUUCGUGCACGUGCUACGACGCCAGAGUACUGGUUUCUCGAGAGGGAGCUCGAAAUAUCGAGGAGUAACGUUGCAUAAAUGUGGGAGAUGGGAGGCUCGAAUGGGGCAAUUCCUUGGAAAAAAGUAUAUAUAUCUUGGACUAUUCGACAGUGAAGUAGAAGCAGCAAGGGCGUAUGAUAAGGCCGCAAUCAAAUGUAAUGGAAGGGAGGCUGUUACCAACUUCGAGCCAAGUACAUAUGAAGGGGAAAUAAACUCUAACCCUCAGAGUGAAGGUACCCAGCAGGAUCUUGAUUUAAACUUGGGGAUCGCGACUUCUUCUCCGAAGGAAAUUGAAAGGUCUUCGAGUUUCCAGUAUCAUCCUUAUGAUAUGCAAGAAGCAUCGAAAUCACAGAUGGACAAAUCUGGUUCACCGAUAGUUGGUAGUUCACAUUACAAGGCUUUACCUGCAGUAACAUCUGAACAAGCUCACUUGUGGAAUGGAGCAUAUUCCAAUUUAAUUCCCAACUAUGAGGAAAGAGUAUCCGGGAAGAGAAUAGACGUAGGUACCUCCCACGGACACCCAAACUGGGCAAUGCAAAUGCAUAGUCAGGUCGGAACAACGCCAAUGUCAAUGUUCUCUGCUGCAGCAUCAUCAGGAUUCUCAACUCCGGCUACCACUGCUUCGGCCUCUCAAAUGUCUGGUCCCAACAACCCGAACACUCUCAAUCUUUCGUUUGCUUCAUAUUCGUCACCAUCAACGAAUACAACUCAAUACUAUUACCAGAUCAGGCCACAACUACCACCUCCAUAACAUGUAUUACUAUCUAUACAUUUACAUAAUUAACUCAAAAACUGAUUACAUUUGUAAGAAUUGUUUGUUAUCAUUUCAUUUACAUGUUGAUUUUAAGUCACAACUUGUAAGAAUUGGAAUGUGAAGAUUCAAAUUUCCAUCACAUUUUGAGCUUUUCCUUGCUUAUUGUUGUGAUUUGGAAGCAAAAGAAGCUCAGUUAUACAUAGUGACCUUGUUCAA